AUGGCAACAGACGAAAUUACACAACGCAUUCUCCGCAUCUCGGACAUUGAUAAUGAACCUCAAGAGAUACUCGCGCCAAUUCAUAGCUAUGAUCAAAUGCCAUUGAUGUCACUUGAAGAAGCCGUACAACCACUCGUUCCUAUUCUACCUGCAGUACAAGAUUAUGCUUAUAUGGCCAAAGAAAAAUGCAAGAAACCCGAAGAUGGUUUGACACAAGAUGAGUCAGCUUCGAUUAUGCUCUACUCGAUGGGAUGGGAACCACUCGAACAAUGUCUAUAUUUUGCUUUGAAUGCCGCACUUCGAUCAGCAGAUAGACAAAAUCUUGAUCCAUGGUACCUCUAUCUCAAAUUGAUUCAAACUGCACUCUCACGUCUUCAAUCUCAACAUCGAUUUGUCUAUCGAGGCGUUAAAACAGAUUUGAGUGAUCGCUAUCGA